AUGGUAUCAGUUUUGGAAAAUGAGAAGCUUGAUCAUGAUAUAAAGAGGGAUCAUGUAUCAAGAAUGAUGCUAACGGAGUAUUUUAGAAGAUGCUCUACCAAUGCAGAAGCAAGAGAACUAUUUUUCAGGGAAUUUUUUGAGCAUUAUGUGUGGAACAAGCAAGGUAAAGUAUGGUCUAAGUGGAAGAAGAGGCAAGUAAUAGGGAGGGUAAAUACAGCGAAUCCAAUUGAGAGGGAAAGGUCUUACUUGAGACUACUUGUGAGCCAUGUAAAAGGCCCACAAUCAUUUGACAGUAUAUUAACAGUAGAUGAUUUUCCAUGCCAAACAUUCAAGGACUCAGCAACCAGAAGAGGACUGUUUGAAUCAAAUCAAAGUGCAUCGCAUUGUAUGGGAGAAGCAGUAGCAUACCAGAUGCCAUGA